AUGCCGGGCGGUGGUCGCUUUUACGGGAGCUUGGAAUGUUUUAGCGUAAUUCUACCUUCCGUGGCGCCAGAGACCUUGACGCGGUCUGCUUGUGAUGCAGUGGGGUAUUUGUAUUUUGGGCAUAGAACACCAUCGCGGGACCUGGCGACUCGCCAUCAAAGAGCCUAUGGGCAGGCAUUACACCAACUACGGCUAGCGCUCGAAGAUCCUGUUGCGCAAAAGCAGGACGAGACUCUUUUGGCUGUGUGGCUGCUGUGUCUCUAUGAGCUAAUGCUCGGAACACCCCCCGAUGCGCCGGGCCCAGGCCCGAGUAACUGGGCUGCUCAUUCUUUAGCGCUGACCGGCUUGUUGCGGGUCAGGGGCCACCAGCAUUUCGGUACCAGGACAGGUUGCCAAUUGUUUCAAUUGUGCUACCAUCAUAUUCAAACGUGUGCCCUGCAGUCAGGAACAGAGCCUGCUGCAGAAGCAAAGCAGUGGUUCGAAGCAAUACGGACGAGUGUCAACACCCAAGAUCCUUUAUAUCUAUUUUUACCGUUUCUCUUGUUUGGCGACGAAGCGGCACAUAUCUGCAGCGGUGCGCUAAGGGCCUGGGACAGAGCCACUGAACCCGAAGAACGGCUUACCACUCUUUAUACCACAUUCCACUCGGCCCGUGCUCUGGAAUUCUCAAUGCACGGAUCGUGGGAGCGUCUCCGCUCGUUGGGCUCGCCGCCGGAUGCUCCAGAGAAUCCCAAGCAAACACAUCUACUCCUCCACAUCCGGAAUCAUAUCGACACCUGCAUCAUUUGUGUCCACUCCGUCUUGUUGGACCUGCUUCGUGAAGCGCUAACGUGGCCAGAAAUCUUCCCUGGGACUCACAGUCAGCUCGGGGAGCUGCAGCAGGUUUGCACGGAGGUUUCGCAAGAACGCGCCGACCGCAUUUUGUCGAGCAUCGCGCAGUUUUUGCCAGAUGGUGGCUCCAAUAUUCCAGGGUGGGCGGAUGCAUUGCGAUUGAUGUGGCCUGCGAGGGUUAUUUUGGCGUCCUCUGCGACGCAGGGAAGUAGAGCGGAUACGGCAAAGGUGGCUUUGCGGAGAAUUGCGUAUGAGGUCGGGAUCAUGCAGGCUGUGGGCUCGUUCUUCAAGCCUGCUCGUGUCUCUUAA